AUGACCCACACCUGUUGCUCCCCUUGCUGCCAGCCCUCAUGCAGCUGCAGCACCUGCUGUAAACCCUGCUGCUCUCCCUGUUGUUCCCCCUGCUGUAAACCCUGUUGCUGCUGCAAACCCUGCUGCACUCCUUGCUGCAAGCCCUGUUGUUCUCCCUGCUGCUCACCUUGCUGCAAACCCUGUUGCUCCUCCUGCUGUAAACCCUGCUGUAGCCCUUGCUGCUCCCCCUGCUGCAAACCCUGCUGUUGCUGCAAAGUUUGCUGUGUCCCCUGCUGCUGCAAACCCUGCUGCUCUCCCUGCUGUUCUUCCUGCUGCUCCCCACCUUGCUGCUGCAAACCCUGCUGUUCUCCCUGCUGCAAGCCCUGCUGUUCUCCCUGCUGCAAGCCCUGCUGCUCUCCAUGCUGCUCACCCUGCUGCUCUCCCUGCUGUAAACCCUGCUGCAAACCCUGCUGUUCCCCCUGCUGCAAGCCCUGCUGCUCUCCCUGCUGCUCGCCCUGCUGCUCUCCCUGCUGCUCACCCUGCUGUUCUCCUUGCUGCAAGCCAUGCUGCUCCCCCUGCUGUAAACCUUGCUGCUGCUGUUGCAAAGUCUGUUGUGUCCCCUGCUGCUGCAAGCCCUGCUGCUCUCCCUGCUGCUCUUCCUGCUGCUCCCCACCUUGCUGCUGCAAACCCUGCUGCUAG